AUGGGGAAAAGCGGCGUCUUCCCAGCCACCUCUGACUGUCCCUGGUUAUCUCUUGGAGCCGCCCAGACGGUGAUUGAGCAGCAGACAGAGGACCCGCCAGGGGUGGCUUUCUCAGACCCCGGAGGGGCAGGCGGGCCGCUGCAGGUCACAGGCACCCAGGAAGCACGCAAGGAGGACCGCAUGGCGUUGCUGUUCAGGCUGAGACCACAAACAAAACAACUCUUAGAAUAUAAGUCAAUAAUUGAUGCAAAUGAAGAAAAAACUCCAGAACAAAUCAUACAAGAAAAACAAAUUGAAGCUAAAGUUGAAGACCUGCAAAAUAAAAUUGAAGAGGUAAAAAUUGCCUUGGAAAUUAAAAGUCUUGCAUUGAGCAAGAUACAACUUUCAGCUGAACUUAAAAACGACCUGGAAAAAAUUAAUACUGGGAACAGUGUGCUCAUGGAUACCAUGAAAGAAGUAUUAAUGCUAAAUAAAUCAGUAAUGAAAUUACAGCAGGAAUCUUGGAAAUUAGAAGAAAACCUACUUGAUAUUAGAAAGAAGGGAUUUCAAUUAAAACAAGCUUCAGAAAGUAAGCUUUUAGAAAUACAAACUGAGAAGAACAAACAGAAAGAGGAGUUGGCCAGUAUGGAAAAUUCAGACAAGAUAAAGACCAUGAAACAAAGCCUACAGAGGGAGAUACAGAUUGCUACAGUUAUUCAACAUGUGUUCCAGAACCUCAUUUUGGGGAGUAAAGUCAACUGGGCAGUGGAUCCAGCCCUCAGAGAAACUCUUCUGGAGCUUGAAAAGGAUCUCACCAUGAUCUAA